AUGACGAUAAAAUCUCGAUCCAACUCCGACCUAUCUCCUUCCCCACCUUUCUCGCAAACGCAAUCUCCCGACACUCUUUCGCAGCCUCAAAAUCCCCAAUCUCCCAAUAAAAACUCGAAGCCUGCGCCCAACCAGAAGGAUUCUCUGGCUCGAUUUCCAUCAACUUCUUCACGGCCCUUCUUCCAACCCGUUCGUGUAGGUGUAUCCUGCAACUCCUCAACACAGAGCUCCAAAUUACGUAAUCGCCCUCCCACGGGCUGCCCUCUAUCAUUUCCUCAGCCUCUUCCAACAAACCAGCCCGGCCCAAUAGAUCAACCAUGCACGAAUAGUGCUUCCUCUCGAGAGACGGGCCUAAAUGGGCCCGCAUCCAAGAAAACACCAAUCUCCCUUCCUCCACAAGGCCCGAAUGGCUGCAGCCCGUUAACACGCUCAAGAACCCCGAAGGAGGAUUUGGGCCGGCCCGAUUUGGAAUAUGUGUCGAUUAGAGAGCACAGAACCGAGACAUUGGAUUCGAAGCCCGAUUUCACGGCGCAACAGUGCAGCAUUGGACAGCUGGCACUGGCAGAGCUAGCGGGACCCACAUUAACCGCUUUCAAGGCCGAAGAGAGACUGGUUUCGUCGAACCCGAUUUUCUCGUCUAACAUCAGACAGAACAGAUCGAUCGCGUCCUCGGUUAGACCGGAUUUUAGGAAAGACGUCAUGAGUGAGUUGCAACACUCGACGGUUUUUUUGCGAAUGCUGUUGAAUACGCCCACCGAGCAGUCGAGAUCUCCACAUUUACCGUACAUGUCGAUUAAAGCGGAUUGA